CUACCAUUUGUAAGUCUGAGAUAUGACCUUAACAACACAGCUCAGUUGUCCUCCACACCACUGCAGGUCCUGUUCUACCUCAACUGCUGGUAUUUUGCUGCCUACUUCCUUGCUGAGGGUCUGAUGUUUGUUUACAAAGGUUUGUAGUCUACUCAAAUGGCCACACAAAAAACAUAAACUAAUGUUUAAUCAAUCACUCACUGCCUGAUGUUUUGUAAACCCAGUGUCAGGCUAAAAGCAAAACUAUUGAUUUCUAAAUAUGCCUAUGUAUUUCCACAGGAUUGUUGCUACCAUACCCACCGGCUAGUCUCACGUUGGACGUUGGGCUACUACUUGUUUUUCUCGGCCUGGAGUCCCUCCGAAUAUUUUACGGUUUGUGUUUUGUUAAGCUGUAUUCUGGGCUACCGGUAUGCCUCUGCAUCAUCACAUGGUGUAGAUUAAUACACGUGUUCAUUAAAAUAAGAUUCUUCACAUUAUGUAGCCUACAUUUUGUGUUUAUCACUUGUCAUAUUUGUUGCCUUUAUGGCAUCUGGUAGUUAUAUUUGGCACAUACUGUAGGUUAACGUUUUUUCCGUCCACACUUGUCCCAGGUUGGAAGGGGAACUUAACAGAGCGUUCUCUGGCCAUGUCAGUGAGUGUGCUGGUCCUGGUGCCGUGCACGGUGAUGUCUGUGUAUUACCUGAUGCUGCAGACCUUCGUCCUGCGCCUGGAGUUCAUCCUUAAUGCUGUGUUACUCUGCUUCUACAGUCUGGAGAUGCUGCUGGGAAUCAUGUCCAUAUCUGCUUUCUCCAGGUAGGAGAAACAUGACAUAGCCUGGGUACCAGUCUGUUUCUCCAGGUAGGAGAAACAUGACAUAGCCUGGGUACCAGUCUCUUUCUCCAGGUAGGAGAAACAUGACAUAGCCUGGGUACCAGUCUCUUUCCCCAGGUAGGAGAAACAUGGCCUAGCCUGGGUACCAGUCUCUUUCUCCAGGUAGGAGAAACAUGACAUAGCCUGGGUACCAGUCUCUUUCUCCAGGUAGGAGAAACAUGACAUAGCCUGGGUACCAGUCUCUUUCUCCAGGUAGGAGAAAUAUGACAUAGCCUGGGUACCAGUCUCUUUCCCCAGGUAGGAGAAACAUGACAUAGCCUGGGUACCAGUCUCUUUCUCCAGGUAGGAGAAACAUGACAUAGCCUGGGUACCAGUCUCUUUCUCCAGGUAGGAGAAACAUGACAUAGCCUGGGUACCAGUCUCUUUCUCCAGGUAGGAGAAACAUGACAUAGCCUGGGUACCAGUCUCUUUCCCCAGGUAGGAGAAACAUGACACAGCCUGGGUACCAAUCUGUUUCUCCAGUUAGGAGAAACAUGACAUAGCCUGGGUACCAGUCUGUUUCUCCAGGUAGGAGAAACAUGACAUAGCCUGGGUACCAGUCUCUUUCCCCAGGUAGGAGAAACAUGACACAGCCUGGGUACCAGUCUGUUUCUCCAGUUAGGAGAAACAUGACAUAGCCUGGGUACCAGUCUGUUUCUCCAGGUAGGAGAAACAUGACAUAGCCUGGGUACCAGUCUCUUUCCCCAGGUAGGAGAAACAUGACAUGACAUAGCCUGGGUACCAGUCUCUUUCUCCAGGUAGGAGAAACAUGACAUGACAUAGUCUGGGUACCAGUCUCUUUCUCCAGGUAGGAGAAACAUGACAUAGCCUGGGUACCAGUCUGUUUCUCCAGGUAGGAGAAACAUGACAUAGCCUGGGUACCAGUCUCUUUCCCCAGGUAGGAGAAACAUGACAUAGCCUGGGUACCAGUCUCUUUCUCCAGGUAGGAGAAACAUGACAUAGCCUGGGUACCAGUCUCUUUCUCCAGGUAGGAGAAACAUGACAUGACAUAGUCUGGGUACCAGUCUCUUUCUCCAGGUAGGAGAAACAUGACAUAGUCUGGGUACCAGUCUCUUUCCCCAGGUAGGGGAAACAUGACAUAGCCUGGGUACCAGUCUCUUUCUCCAGGUAGGAGAAACAUGACAUAGCCUGGGUACCAGUCUCUUUCUCCAGGUAGGAGAAACAUGACAUGACAUAGUCUGGGUACCAGUCUCUUUCUCCAGGUAGGAGAAACAUGACAUAGUCUGGGUACCAGUCUCUUUCCCCAGGUAGGGGAAACAUGACAUAGCCUGGGUACCAGUCUCUUUCUCCAGGUAGGAGAAACAUGACAUGACAUAGUCUGGGUACCAGUCUCUUUCUCCAGGUAGGAGAAACAUGACAUAGUCUGGGUACCAGUCUCUUUCCCCAGGUAGGAGAAACAUGACAUAGCCUGGGUACCAGUCUCUUUCCCCAGGUAGGAGAAACAUGACAUAGCCUGGGUACCAGUCUCUUUCUCCAGGUAGGAGAAACAUGACAUAGCCUGGGUACCAGUCUCUUUCCCCAGGUAGGAGAAACAUGGCCUAGCCUGGGUACCAGUCUCUUUCUCCAGGUAGGAGAAACAUGACAUAGCCUGGGUACCAGUCUCUUCCUCCAGGUAGGAGAAACAUGACAUAGCCUGGGUACCAGUCUCUUUCUCCAGGUAGGAGAAAUAUGACAUAGCCUGGGUACCAGUCUCUUUCCCCAAGUAAGGAGAACAUGACAUAGCCUGGGUACCAGUCUCUUUCUCCAGGUAGGAGAAACAUGACAUAGCCUGGGUACCAGUCUCUUUCUCCAGGUAGGAGAAACAUGACAUAGCCUGGGUACCAGUCUCUUUCUCCAGGUAGGAGAAACAUUACAUAGCCUGGGUACCAGUCUCUUUCUCCAGGUAGGAGAAACAUGACAUAGCCUGGGUACCAGUCUCUUUCUCCAGGUAGGAGAAACAUGUCAUAGCCUGGGGACCAGUCUGUUUCUCCAGUUAGGAGAAACAUGACAUAGCCUGGGUACCAGUCUGUUUCUCCAGGUAGGAGAAACAUGACAUAGCCUGGGUACCAGUCUCUUUCCCCAGGUAGGAGAAACAUGACACAGCCUGGGUACCAGUCUGUUUCUCCAGUUAGGAGAAACAUGACAUAGCCUGGGUACCAGUCUGUUUCUCCAGGUAGGAGAAACAUGACAUAGCCUGGGUACCAGUCUCUUUCCCCAGGUAGGAGAAACAUGACAUAGCCUGGGUACCAGUCUCUUUCUCCAGGUAGGAGAAACAUGACAUGACAUAGUCUGGGUACCAGUCUCUUUCUCCAGGUAGGAGAAACAUGACAUAGCCUGGGUACCAGUCUGUUUCUCCAGGUAGGAGAAACAUGACAUAGCCUGGGUACCAGUCUCUUUCCCCAGGUAGGAGAAACAUGACAUAGCCUGGGUACCAGUCUCUUUCUCCAGGUAGGAGAAACAUGACAUAGCCUGGGUACCAGUCUCUUUCUCCAGGUAGGAGAAACAUGACAUGACAUAGUCUGGGUACCAGUCUCUUUCUCCAGGUAGGAGAAACAUGACAUAGUCUGGGUACCAGUCUCUUUCCCCAGGUAGGGGAAACAUGACAUAGCCUGGGUACCAGUCUCUUUCUCCAGGUAGGAGAAACAUGACAUGACAUAGUCUGGGUACCAGUCUCUUUCUCCAGGUAGGAGAAACAUGACAUAGUCUGGGUACCAGUCUCUUUCCCCAGGUAGGAGAAACAUGACAUAGCCUGGGUACCAGUCUCUUUCCCCAGGUAGGAGAAACAUGACAUAGCCUGGGUACCAGUCUCUUUCUCCAGGUAGGAGAAACAUGACAUAGCCUGGGUACCAGUCUCUUUCCCCAGGUAGGAGAAACAUGGCCUAGCCUGGGUACCAGUCUCUUUCUCCAGGUAGGAGAAACAUGACAUAGCCUGGGUACCAGUCUCUUCCUCCAGGUAGGAGAAACAUGACAUAGCCUGGGUACCAGUCUCUUUCUCCAGGUAGGAGAAAUAUGACAUAGCCUGGGUACCAGUCUCUUUCCCCAAGUAAGGAGAACAUGACAUAGCCUGGGUACCAGUCUCUUUCUCCAGGUAGGAGAAACAUGACAUAGCCUGGGUACCAGUCUCUUUCUCCAGGUAGGAGAAACAUGACAUAGCCUGGGUACCAGUCUCUUUCUCCAGGUAGGAGAAACAUGACAUAGCCUGGGUACCAGUCUCUUUCUCCAGGUAGGAGAAACAUGACAUAGCCUGGGUACCAGUCUCUUUCUCCAGGUAGGAGAAACAUGUCAUAGCCUGGGGACCAGUCUUUUUCCCCAGGUAGGAGAAACAUGACAUUACAUAGCCUGGGUACCAGUCUCUUUCCCCAGGUAGGAGAAACAUAACAUAGCCUGGGUACCAGUCUCUUUCUCCAGGUAGGAGAAACAUGACAUAGCCUGGGUACCAGUCUCUUUCUCCAGGUAGGAGAAACAUGGCAUAGCCUGGGUACCAGUCUCUUUCUCCAGGUAGGAGAAACAUGGCCUAGCCUGGGUACCAGUCUCUUUCUCCUCUCUUGCCGUCUCCUUAUGGAAUUUACAUUUAAAGGGUUGGCAAGAGAGCAGAAACAAACUGGAGGCAUACUAUAGAGAGGCAUGACAUGCCCUUCUUUCUGGACUGGGGAGAUUCCUUGGUUUUAGGCCUCAUCAAUUGUUGAUUAUUGAUCAAUGAAUGUAUUAUGCUUUGCUCUUAACCUGUGACCUUGCAUAACAUUUCACUGUAAAGGUACUAUAUCAGUGAUGCUGGAUGUGAACUUGCAUAACAUUUCACUGUAAAGGUCCUAUAUCAGUGAUGCUGGAUGUGAACUUGCAUAACGUUUCACUGUAAAGGUCGUAUAUCAGUGAUGCUGGAUGUGAACUUGCAUAACAUUUCACUGUAAAGGUCCUAUAUUAGUGAUGCUGGAUGUGAACUUGCAUAAUAUUUCACUGUAAAGGUCCUAUAUUAGUGAUGCUGGAUGUGAACUUGCAUAACAUUUCACUGUAAAGGUCCUAUAUCAGUGAUGCUGGAUGUGAACUUGCAUAACGUUUCACUGUAAAGGUCCUAUAUCAGUGAUGCAGGAUGUGAACUUGCAUAACGUUUCACUGUAAAGGUCCUAUAUCAGUGAUGCUGGAUGUGAACUUGCAUAACAUUUCACUGUAAAGGUCCUAUAUUAGUGAUGCUGGAUGUGAACUUGCAUAACUUUUCACUGUAAAGGUCCUAUAUCAGUGAUGCUGGAUGUGAACUUGCAUAACGUUUCACUGUAAAGGUCCUAUAUCAGUGAUGCUGGAUGUGAACUUGCAUAACGUUUCACUGUAAAGGUCCUAUAUCAGUGAUGCUGGAUGUGAACUUGCAUAACGUUUCACUGUAAAGGUCCUAUAUCAGUGAUGCUGGAUGUGAACUUGCAUAACAUUUCACUGUAAAAGUCCUAUAUUAGUGAUGCUGGAUGUGAACUUGCAUAACGUUUCACUGUAAAAGUCCUAUAUUAGUGAUGCUGGAUGUGAACUUGCAUAACGUUUCACUGUAAAGGUCCUAUAUUAGUGAUGCUGGAUGUGAACUUGCAUAACGUUUCACUGUAAAGGUCCUAUAUCAGUGAUGCUGGAUGUGAACUUGCAUAACGUUUCACUGUAAAGGUCCUAUAUCAGUGAUGCUGGAUGUGAACUUGCAUAACGUUUCACUGUAAAGGUUCUAUAUCAGUGAUGCUGGAUGUGACCUUGCAUAACGUUUCACUGUAAAGGUCCUAUAUCAGUGAUGCUGGAUGUGACCUUGCAUAACAUUUCACUGUAAAGGUCCUAUAUCAGUGAUGCUGGAUGUGACCUUGCAUAACGUUUCACUGUAAAGGUCCUAUAUCAGUGAUGCUGGAUGUGACCUGAUCUGCUCAGUGUUUCAUGCUCAUCAGUUUUUCCUCCAUUUUGCUUGUCAGGUCUAAGGUGUACUAAGGAAGAUGAAUGCUGUAAUGUUCCACAUCGUUUCAAGAGGAAUGUAGAAAGGCUUUUCACCAGGAUGGUUCUGUCAACAGAUGUUCAUCCCACAUGUUGUAGUUUUACUGUUUUUAUAUGAUCUGUUAAUAGCCUAAUAUUCAUAUUUUUGUAAUGAUGAAAUGUCACCUUUUACUACCUGUUUUUGUAUCAAUUGUCAAUCUUGUGUGGUACUAGCAACACUAAUGGAAUUGUCUUAUGAGGGUAUUCCGUGUGCUGUACCUGAUAAUGGAAUGUAUUUGUUGUUGUUGAUUCAAAACACUAUAUUUCAUUAUUUAC